UGUAAAACCGAGAGCUGGAAGCGGCACUUCCCUCCCGCAUUUUGGGGCGGGCAGGAGGGGAGGUGGUCCAGCCGCACAAUGACAGAUUAUGCAAAUCCCGGUGGAGCACGGCAUCAAUCAGAGCGGUGGGAGAGGAACGCAGCUCAUCUCCGAAUUCGCCUCCGCCGUGGCGUCCUCGCCAAGCAUCCCCCCCCUCCACCUCGGCCGGAAUGACAUCAGAGCAGCUCCGAGUCCUUGAAAGUCUGCGGCUUGAUUAGCGGCAGGAAUCGGCCGCUCCUGCCAAUCACAGCCCUGCCAAGCCUCGCUACUCCUGGAGAUCCGCGGGAGACGGAGCCUGACUCCGGCACACGGGAGCGCGGCGCCGGCGGCAGCGCCGCGAGCAGCUGCUCCUCGCCUGAUCCCAGAGUUGCUCUCGCAGCCUUCCUUGCCGGAGCCUGCCGGCUCCCCGGCGUGAUCCCCGUGUCCAAGAAGGAAGCUGCAUUUUGAACGGUGUGCUGAGCAGAGGUUUGAAUCAUUCCAGCUGGCUGCUCGCUCUGAGGAGGACAGGCUGGGUAUAAAUGAGAUGUGACUGUGCCGGUAGAGUUCAGUGACUGGGGCUGGAGCAAGAGGAGCCUUCCUGGGAUGCCGCUCAGACAAAGCUGCCGGCAACUGAAAACUCUCCCUAGUUUAUCUGGAGCCCAGUGAAGAGCUGUGAAUAGCAGAUGUCUCUCUGCUGCACGCUAGGAAGAGAAAUUCUUCUCUAGGGGAUGUUUUAGCCAACAACCUUGUUCUUUUCCAUGGGACCACACUGGGCAAGGAGGAGGCCAGAGCUCAAGUUCCAGACCCUCAGGAUAAUGUUAAGAGUCCUCUUCAUUGAUUAUUGGCAUCUGCUGCAUUCUGAGCAAACCUCUUUCAAUUUAUCUCUCCGGAUCCUUUGACUUCCCGCUCCGACAGCUUUACAGCCUCCCCGAACGCUUCAUAAAUGCUCUGCGAUGGUCACAUGAAUGCCUUGGAAGGGGAACCUCCGCAACUCCUCCUUCCCAUGGCACUUUAGGAAGAGCACCCGGAACUGCGGCAAGUCCAGCAGGAGCUGGAAGCCCCGCCGAAGAUGAAUCUCAUCGGGAAGCUCCGCAGGAGCUUCCGAACGCUGGUCAUUCUCCUGGCCACCUUCUGCUUGGCAAGUAUUGUCAUCUCUGCCUAUUUCCUCUACACUGGCUACAAGCAGGACAUGGCCCUCGUGGAAAGCACCGGGCAGGCAGAGUGCGAGGAGCUCAAACUUCUGCCCUACAGGUCCGCGGAGCUGAGGACUCCUAAGCCAAUUGAUCCCUCUAGGACUGAUCCCACCGUGCUCCUGUUUGUGGAAAGCCAGUACUCCCAGCUGGGGCAAGACAUCAUAGCCAUCCUCGAGUCCAGCAAGUUUCAGUACCACAUGGUCAUCGCACCAGCCAAGGGGGACAUUCCCCCGCUCACAGACAACGGGAGAGGCAAGUACACCAUUGUUAUAUACGAGAAUAUUUUAAAGUACGUGUCCAUGGACUCGUGGAAUAGAGAGCUUCUGGAAAAAUACUGUGUGGAAUACAGUGUUAGCAUAAUUGGUUUUCAUAAAGCCAACGAGAACAGCUCCCCGAGCAUCAGACUGAAAGGGCUGCCGUUGCAGCUGUACAACAACGUGGCCCUCAGAGACUGCGUGGUGAACGCUCAGUCGCCCCUGCUGCGCAUCACCAAAGCGCCCAGGCUGGAGAAGGGCCCCCUGCCCGGCGAGGACUGGACCGUGUUCCAGUUCAACCAUUCCACCUACCAGCCCGUGCUCCUGAGCGAGCUGCAGCCCUCCAGGCCCACCCCCGCCACACUGCCCAGGGCUGCUCUCUAUGCAACCGUCAUCCAGGACUUGGGCCUGCACGACGGCAUCCAGAGAGUCCUCUUUGGGAACAACCUGACCUUCUGGCUCCACAAGCUCAUCUUCAUCGACGCCAUCUCUUUCCUGUCGGGAAAGAAGCUCACGCUCUCCUUGGAGAGGUACAUUCUGGUUGACAUAGACGACAUCUUUGUCGGGAAGGAGGGGACGAGGAUGAACAUCAACGACGUGAAGGCUUUACUAGAGACUCAAAAUUUACUGCGCACUCAGGUUGCAAAUUUUACCUUCAACCUUGGAUUUUCAGGAAAAUUUUACCACACAGGGACUGAGGAGGAAGAUGAGGGUGAUGACCUGCUGCUGAGAUCUGUGGAUGAGUUCUGGUGGUUUCCCCACAUGUGGAGUCACAUGCAGCCACACCUCUUCCACAAUGAGUCCUCACUGGUGGAGCAGAUGAUCCUCAACAAAGAGUUUGCAAUAGAGCACGGCAUCCCGACGGGCAUGGGCUACGCGGUGGCUCCGCACCACUCCGGGGUGUACCCGGUGCACAUGCAGCUCUACGAGGCCUGGAAGAAGGUGUGGCACAUCCGCGUCACCAGCACGGAAGAGUACCCGCACCUGAAGCCUGCACGGUACAGACGGGGCUUCAUCCACAAUGGCAUCAUGGUGCUCCCUCGACAGACCUGUGGUCUUUUCACUCACACUAUUUUUUACAAGGAAUAUCCUGGCGGUCCUCAGGAGCUGGACAAAAGUAUCCGAGGAGGUGAACUCUUCCUCACCAUUCUCCUGAACCCUAUCAGCAUUUUCAUGACCCACCUGUCCAACUAUGGGAACGACCGCCUGGGCCUGUACACCUUUGCCAACCUUGCCAGCUUUGUCAAGAGCUCCACAAACCUCAAGCUGCAGACGCUGCCCCCCGUGCAGCUGGCUCAGAAGUACUUCGAGCUCUUCCCCGAGCAGACAGACCCUCUCUGGCAGAACCCGUGUGACGAUAAACGACACAGGGAUAUUUGGUCCAGAGACAAAACUUGCGACCACCUGCCCAAAUUCCUGGUGAUAGGACCCCAGAAAACAGGAACAACAGCCCUUUAUUUAUUCCUUCUGAUGCAUCCUUCCAUUAUCAGCAAUCUCCCCAGUCCAAAAACUUUUGAGGAAGUUCAAUUUUUCAAUGGCAACAACUACCACAAGGGAAUUGACUGGUACAUGGAUUUCUUCCCCACUCCUUCCAACAUCACCACCGACCUCCUCUUUGAGAAAAGUGCCAACUAUUUCCAUUCUGAGGAAGCUCCCAAGAGAGCUGCUUCCCUCAUCCCCAAGGCCAAGAUCAUCACCAUCCUCAUCGACCCGUCCGACCGCGCCUAUUCCUGGUACCAGCACCAGCGCUCCCACGAGGACCCCGCUGCCCUGAAAUUCAACUUUUACCAAGUGAUCACCUGCAGCCCCUGGGCAGCGCCGGAGAUCCGGGCGCUGCAGAAGCGCUGCCUGACGCCCGGCUGGUACGCGCUGCACAUCCAGAGGUGGCUCUCGCACUUCCCUGCCUCCCAGUUGCUCAUUAUUGAUGGACAGCAGCUGAGAAGUGACCCUGCUACAGUGAUGGAUGAAGUGCAGAAGUUUCUGGGAGUCUCUCCUCACUACAAUUACUCUGAAGCCCUCACGUUCGACCCUCAGAAAGGUUUCUGGUGCCAGUUAUUGGAAGGAGGGAAAACAAAGUGCCUGGGGAAAAGCAAAGGUCGGAAAUACCCACCAAUGGACCAAGAGUCCCGAGCGUUUCUGUCCAGUUACUACCGCGAGCACAACGUGGAGCUGUCCAAGCUGCUGCACAGGCUGGGGCAGCCGCUGCCCUCCUGGCUGCGGCAGGAGCUGCAGAAGGUCAGGUAGCACCGGCGGGGACCCGGCCAGGCCCAUUCCUGCCCCCUCCGGCUCACUCGGCAUCGUCAGGACAGGACCUCACGGACACCGCUCUUCCCAGCAAAAAUAAAAACCAAACAAACCCAAGAAACCAUAAGAGAAUGAACAAAAAAGCCCCAAACCCGAACCCGACGACUGUUCCUAUGCAGCUGCUGCCAGCGGAGUAGCAUCGACCCCUUUUGUCAGCUGCCAGGAAAGGCCAGGGCGCCGGGCGGGAUCCGGAGCGGGAUCCGCGCGUGGCCUCGUUCCUCCCUUCACAGAAAGCGCGUGUAGGACGGAUGGAGCUCGGAUUGACACGUUGCAGUCUGUCAGGACACGGGCAAAGGAUGGGAACGUCUCUCGCCGGACUGGGAGGUUGGUCAUGCGCUGGGCUCCUGCCACAUUCGUUUUCAGAUUUUCCCGUUAAAUUCCAAGCAGGCCACGUGAGCAGUGUGCUCGCCUGAUCAUGACGGCUUUGCUUCUGUCUGCAGAGCUCUGAAGCCUUCAGACACUGGUUCAUCCUUUUAGUGUGACUGCAAAGGUGUGGACCUGCCCACGGACUCGAUUUCUCCAUCACUCUCCUAACUAGAAAAGCUGC